AUCAAGAAGAUCCCGUCACACCCAUUGAGAUUCGGAACGGCAUAUAGGGCUAAUUUUCUUGAUGAUUUUGAAUCAUCAAUAGGUGAAGAAGGUAUAAAGUUAUUUAGGCAAUCUAUAUUUGGUCACUACUUAGAUAUGCCAAACUGCAACUUUCAAGGGCAAAUCAUCAAAUGCCUCUUACUUCUUGAGGUAGACCAAAAAAACAAAGAAGAACUGCACAUUCGUCAUGUGCAGGGUAAUAUACUGCGAUUUACAAUAAAUGAUUUUGCUAUCAUUACUGGUUUGCGAUGCACCGGUAAUAUGAAUGACUUCAAGUAUUCUGAUGAUCAAGCAAGUAGAUUAUUGUCUUUAUAUUUUCCUGGUGCCAAAAAUGGGGUCAACAAAGCUCGUUUCGUUGAGCGUUUUCUGGUUGGAGGAUGGAAAACAAACGAAGAUGCCGUUCAGAUGGCCAUUCUCUAUUUCAUCCAUACUUUUGUUUUUUCUCAACUAGGUGAUGCACCUAUAUCAGUUGAUGAUUUCAAGAUGGUAGAAGAUGGUAGUUAUGAGCAAUAUCCAUGGGGGAAAUUAGCAUAUUCAAAAUUGAUAAAAGGAAUGCGUCAGGAGUUUUCAAAUGCCAAACAAAUGUAUCGUCUAGGCGGCAUGCCAUACGCUCUGAAUGUUUGGAUAUAUGAAUGUGCAUCUCAAGUUCCCUCUGAAAUUGCUGUAAGAGUGGGUAAUAAAAUUCCCAGAAUUCUUAACUGGCGUGUUGUCGCCGUGAAGCCAAAAUUUGAGACAUUCAUGUCUACCAUCUUCAGUGAGAAACCUGAAGAUUCAACAUCGGCUGCCAAGGUCAAUUUCAGAAAACCUCAUGAAGUCACUGGAUUUGAGGACUUCUCAACAACACCACCCACUGAAUUUUUAAAGAGAUCCAGGGAUGUCGCUAAGACAUCUUCUCCACCUCCUUCCAGGAGAAUGAAGACUUCCCCUGCUAAAAAGCCAAUUCAAGUAGAAACAGCCAACAUGCAUAAGGAUUUCAUACCACCAAAUGAAUCAGAAAAUCUUGUUUCUCCUGACAAUGAACCGGGGGCAAAGUCACCAAAGGAAUCAGAAAAGCCUGUUUCUCCUGACAAUGUACCAGGGGCGAAGUCAGCUUUAGGAGGUGAAUCUUCCGGUCAUUCGGAUCGAAUUAUUCAUAUGCAAUUCAAAGUUGACCGGAAGUUCAAGCGUUUGGAGAACAAAAUGGAUUCAAAUCACAUUGAUCUUUUGAAAGCCAUCGACAGUAUGGCGAACCGAAUGACUGGCACAUCAUCUCAAGUUAAAAAAGAUGAUUUUGAUCAAUCAUUCCAUGUGGUUGAACAACAAGAAGCACCUACUGGAUUGGAGGGACCUGAACCAUCCACCAUGAUAAAUCAGGUGGACAACAUAUCGGAACAAAGCAUUUUAGCAGAUGUUCCUGAAUUAUUUGAUCAACAAGUUUAUUCUGAUACAUUAAAGGAAGAUGAACCAUCCGUCAAGGAUGUAUCAGCACACCAAAUGGAACCACAAAGAGCAGAUACUGAUCAGCUUAUUGCUGAUUCUGAUACAUUACAGAACACUGUAAAGAAAGAUGGAAGAGUAGCUGAUGAUAAAUCUGCCAAAGUAGAAGAGCAAGUCGAGGAGAUUGAAAAAGAAAAAAUCAAACCAAGCACAUCAGAAUCCAAUACUUCAGCACCAUUUUCGACCGAAACUCUGGAUGUGAUAGAUGCUCUAAUAUACGGACUUCCAUUACCAGCCAUGCCAUUGACAGCUGUUAGUCAUGAGCAAGUUCAGGAUGAAUGUCUAUUACGCGAUAGCCAGCUACCAACCACUCUUCCAUCAAAAGCUAAUGUAUUGUCUGACGAUGCGAAGACACCAUAUCGAAGAAGCAGGAUUCCUUCGAAGAUCUUACAGUCGCCGUAUCUUUCAAACUUUGGGUCGAGUGAAAAGGGAAAGGAAAAUUUAUCAGAUGUUACGCAUCAGACACACCCUUUUGAAGGUUUUGGUAUAUGCUAUCAACCCCCUUCCGAGCUUGUCACAGACUACUCUCAAUGGAUAGAUAAAGGACUUCUAAAAUCACAUGGCAACAAGAAUUCGAAGGAGGAUCAUUACAGAUCUAAGUGCUCUUCAUUCGGCUUUGAAAAAAUGGACUUUGUUGUGGCAUUUCCUAAAGAUAAGAACUGGUUCUACCUAAUGUCACAGCUGGACAGAUGCUGGAACGAUGAGCACAUCGAUGUAAUAUUUUACUACCUUCGGAAGAAAUCGAAGAUGCAGUUGAGCAAUCAGUAUCGAUACACAACGACAAAUUGCAUUUUCAAAAAUUACAUCGAAUAUGCACACACACGCUACUAUCACCUUCCACCUAACAUUUCUACACAAGAAGAUAUGGCAAGGGCCACUGUUACAGCUCAUCAAGAGAGAUCCGUGAAGAACAUAAUAAGAGGUUUCUCAAUACCAGCCGGUUUGCCCUGGCAUUUGGUAGAUGAGGUAUACAUUCCAGUGAACUGCGACAUGGAUUUUCAUUGGGUUCUUGCGGUAGUUGUGUUAAAAGGGAGAUUGAUACGUGUGUAUGAUUCAUCGCCUAGACGAAGAAGUAGCAACCCUUCCCAAGAGAUCCAAAAGAUAGCAGCAAUGCUACCAACAUACCUGCAAGACAGUGGUUUCUUUGACAACAACGAACGUACUGAUUGGUCGUCUCUUGAUUCAUACAAGGACAAAUCAACCGGUAAUAUGCUUGAACCACAUCACCCAUUAGCAGUUGAGUAUGUUGAAGGAAUUGCGCAACAGGGAAGUGGCAGCUUGGAUUGUGGAGUUUUCCUGGCCAUGUUUGAUGAAUAUCUUAGUGAUGGAAUUUCUAUUCCAAGUACCGGACUAAACGCUGAAUUCUUUCGUUCAAGAUAUGCCGCACUCUUAUGGAGAUAUGGUUGUCAGAAGGCCAUGGAUGGUUAUGUUAGCGAUAACGACGAUCCAAAAAAACCAAGGAGAGACAUAUCUCCAAACCAAGGAGAACUGAUUGAUGUCCAAUAA